GAGAUUUUAAUAACACAUACAUAGUCAUACUUGCCUCUUCUUCAGCAGAUUUCGAGAUGUCAGUGGAGCUGGUAGGUUCAGGAUCAAGGGAAGUAGGUUCAGUCUACACUCUCACCUGCACAGUGGCUCUCUCCCACAGAGCUAGAGACAGCUCUGUCUCCAUCCAGUGGCACGGACCAUCCACUGAUGAACAAACUGUUGACACAACUGACAACAGAGUGCUCACCAGUCAACUCUCUCUAGACCCACUAUCACUGGCCUCAUGGAGGAGACUACACCUGUACUGCCAGCUACACUGUGGAUGGAGGGACAACUGUUACAACAAGUGACACAGAAAGAGUUAUACCCAUUAUUGCACCUCCAUCAGUGGUGGUAAGAAUAAGUGAAGACAUUAUCCUAGUAGGAGAAGAUGUGGUAGUAUAUUGUGAUAUUGAUCUGAUUGGAGUGGUGAGAGGAAGAGAUGUAGCAGUGGAGGUGACUUGGUUUCAAGAGGGAGUCCCAGUGAGACCUGACUCAAGACUCACCAUAUCUGGAGCCACUGGUGAUGUGGGUGGUGUACACAGUAGCCUCACAUUCAGUCCUGUCCACUUCUCUGACAUGGCCACAUACGAGUGUCGUGUUACCCUCACUCCUCUCCUGGGACCUGCUAGUCCUGUCUCCUCUUCUGCCUCCAUCUUUCUCAAUAUCAGUACUAGGAGCAGUUUUGAGGACGUCAUAACAAUCACAACAAUGGAGAUUACUUCAGCUUCAGUAGUCCUGCCCACUAACACCAGAAAGAGCAGUGCCAAAACUGCACUACCUACCAUGAACAUGAAAUCAGGUCAACCUGCCUCAUGUCAAAGUGAAAGUAAUGAGUCAGCUUCAGUUGUUGGAGGCAUCCUCUCACUCGUCAUCAUCUUGAUCAUUGGAGUCUCUAUAUUGGGGUUUGCCAUACUCAUUCUUAAGAUACGGACCCUCAAAUUAAUGCUAGAAAAACAAGGAGUGAGAGAAGGAGGUGAAGUGGAGAGUAAGAGUGUUCCCACUGCCACUAAUGCAGCCUAUGGAGGGUGUCCCCUGACCAGAGUUCCAGUGGAGAUGUGGCCAUGUAUGAGAUAGUGGGUCAGCCACCAUCAUCUUCAGCCAGACCCACUGCACACCCUCCC